AGGAAACAGCCUAUGUUACAGUACACAACAAAAGCCCACAUUUCACCUGGGUGCCCGACUGUUUAGAGGCUUGUAUCAACAACAGAAAUAGAUGAACGCGUUUUUGGAGGAAGAACCAUGAUGCGCAAUUACGCACGGGACUAAAGGAAUUUGACGACUGGCCUGUCUUUUUGUUUCUCCUCCAGGGGAUUCGCUGUCCAUACUUUUGAGUCCUCUCCAUUUACGAGACGAUAUCUAUGCACGACGUCAUCAGUGCAGCUACAGCCUCUCCUCACCUUUUUAACUCUGAAGUUAACCAUCCAGUCCUCUAUGUGCACAGGGCAGGAUGGGAUGCUCCACCAGUUCCCAAACUUCAGCGGUAGAUACGACUCGACCCAGUGCUAAGCCCGAGGAGAGCAACGGAGCCAGCACAACAGGGGCAGCCAAUGAGAACGGUAAAGUAGCUGAGGACAGUGAAUCUAUUCUGGACCAGACACCUGCUGAGGGCGGCGAUGCUAAGCCUGCAGAUGAACCAGCUGCAGCUGCAACAUCUGCAGACAGCACCGCUGCAGCUCCACCUGCAGGGGAGGAGCCUCAGCCUGCUGCAGCCAGUCCGCCCGCAGAGACAGCAGCUCUUGAGCAAGAAAAAGCAGAGGCCACAGCGACUGAUCCAGAGCCCAAAACAGAGGAGGCACCAGCUCCCAGUGAGUGAGGUGCAACACGAAUGACCACACAGAUGAGUUUGUUGGAAGUGUCCUACAUUGUUUGUAUGCAUGAGUGAAAGUAUGUGCAGGUGUGUGUGUUUGUGUGUGAAAGACAUCGCCUUGUUGCCAAGAUGCAGACCCUGUGAUGACCACUUUCAGUCAGGGUUCCUCAGUCAUCACCGUGCCUUCUUCUCCUCAUGAUGGUGUACGGCUGCAAUUUCCGCUUGAAACUUGAACUUGAAAUUUCUAUUUAUUAUAGAAUAGUAUAGAAAUUUAUAAUAGCAGAUUUUCUGAAAAAUCAUGUCUUUAACUUGAACCUAAGAGUCCAUUAUGUACUUUUCUACUAAAUUAGAAUUCUAAGAAAACCAAAGCCAAAAUAUAUUUGAUUUAUGAAAUGAUAUUCUUUUUGGGUAGCUGGCUUUGAUUUUACGACCAUGUUUAUAAUGAAUAUGAAGAGCUGAUACUUUAGCUGAUUUUAAACAUUAAGAGCAUGAAUGAGAUAAAAGUACACGUGAGACCUUUUUUGUUUGUUUGUUUCUGAUGUGUCAUGAUUUCUCUCUGGGAAGAUGACCUGAAAUCUGUAAUAAGCUAUGAACUGUCAAAAAAUUAAAAAGGCCACCUUAAAAAUGA